AUGGUGAUGAAUUUUCUUUUCUUAAUGUCUAUUUGGAGUCAUCCUCCGACGUGGCCUGUCUCCCGUCAAAAGACAGAAGUAAGACAAUUGAUGGACGGCACUGUGGACACAGAGGCGGCCAUCUUGACAUAUUUAUGUUUGGUUUCGCCGAAGAGAUUCCCACUCGACCGCCAACCAAACAACAACCCUUCAGCUUGUGCCACCUUCUCGAAGAAGAAGAGUUGGCAUUCGCUUUUUGAUUUCCUUCAUUCUCUGACUCUUUCUCCAACUUUCUUUUUUUUUUAUCGUUGCCCACAUUCCUCUUUCUAUCUACUUCUGUUUCCCUAUUUUACCACUUCUUCUUUCUUACUUUCCUUCUCCUCUCCUCUUCUCCGACCCACUUUACGUUUAUUCCAUCUUUUCUAUUCUCUCUUCUUUCUCAUUGUAUUUUCUUGCACUUUUUCAUAUUUUCAUUUUUUUUAUUCUUUCUUUCUACUUUUUCCAUUCACAUUCUUUCUGCAAACUUUUCUCUUUGAUUUCUCCUCCUCCUCUUAUUUUUUUUACAUCCACCUCCUUCUCCUCGUCUUUCUUCUUCUUCUUCUCCUUCUUCUUCUUCUUCUUCUUCUUCUUAUUAUUAUUAUUAUUAUUAUUUCCUUAGAUUCUGUUGUAUACACAUUCUUUUCCAGGUCCCGAUCAAAGACCAGCGGUCAGAAAUAG